UUUUAUUUUCGAGCCAUAAGAACCGGAGCUCAUCUACCCUGCCUCGUGCGUAUCACACGCGCCAUGUAAUUGGCGUAUAAUAAAUUAUUAAUAUGAGAGUCUACCAGCAAUUGGCAACGAAGGGAACUCAUCGUUAAUUUCAGCAGUAAACGCUCCGUCUUCGUGAACCCGAGGCACUGUUCAUUCAACGAUAAUGUUUCAGAACGUUGAAUGACCCACCAUCCGUCGUUCAGGGAUGUGGUUCUACGUUACCAACGACCAAUCGGCAUAGACUAGCUGUUGUUCAAGCAAACCUCACUACAGGUUUUAAGUCCCAGCGACUCGCGCAGCAGAUGGCUGGGUUCUGGAUGGAUGAACUUGUGCGUAUGCGUGGGGAGAGGGGGAGGGGAGCAAUUUACUCGAUAGUAAUAUUUCAGAACGUUGAACGUAGGGUUGUGUCGUAAAUUUCAAGACCACAAUGAAUUGUUCACGUUUCGUUUGUGCAAACCUUUUUCACGCGGACAAUAUGAGCAAUGUAAAUUAUUCCAAGUUAACUGACUAGCCCAAUUGAUUUCUCGAACUGUAUUUUCCCAAUUCUAAAAAUUGGUAAAAAAUACUUUUAGACUAGGUGAAAUUAAAUUAGAUGCAUUUCAGUUAAAAGAUACGCGAUACUGAUGUAGAAGUGUCAUUAUUCGCGCUGGCCUGAUUAAUUUUUCGUGGCGCGCUAAAAAUUGUGCCAACUGAGCAAUAAUAACUGAAAAUAAAAUUACAAACGUCUCCAAUAUUUCUUACAAAGUGCGAACUCUCGAUGAUCCACGGAUUACCUUUUGUCAUGACAAGUUAAACAGUUUACAUUGCAUACGUGUAGAUGCAAAUUAGUGUUAUUUUAACGCGUAAGCAUCCAGCCCUUAACGUUGGACGCUGCCAGCACCCGUCGCUCGUGGAUGCUACGUUACCAACAACCAAUCAGCGUUGGCAGACGAUUGUUGAAGCGGACCCGGAGCCUGCUUGAUCUUGUCCCAGGUCCCAGCAGGUCGCGCGGCAGGUGGUUGGGGUCCCUUCUCCUGCGCCUGCCACCAGCAGGGACUAGCGGGGACCAGCGGGACACCACCUGCGCGACGAUUGGUCAGUUUGCAGGCAGGUCAAAACGGCAACGCAUCGCACGGUCGGCGUUCGCCAGACUUAUCUGCCGCUUCGGAGCGGAGCGCGCGGUCCCCGCGGCCUCGCAUUUUUCGUGUCUUCUCCGCGGCGAUCGGAGCACGCACGUGUACGAAAGACGUCCGUUCGUGACGACGACGGCGAGCCUAGACAAAAUAGGAGAGAGGAGCGACGCGGUGAUCCGGAGAGGGUCGCGUUCAGGAUCUACGCUGCGAAUUUCGCAGGUCGCCGCUUGCACCGAGGAUCGCUUUUCAAACGCGAACGCAGGACGAUGCGGUGCGCAGGGCGCCCGGGUGUUUUGACACUCGUGACGUAUAGUUACAUUUUACUAUGGUGAUAUCGUGACGACAGUGCCCUAGGACACCCGCGCGCGGUCGUGACGAGGUGAAUGACGAGGCGAGCAUCGCGUCGGAGCGCAGCGCGACACGGACAAGCUACAAGAAUGCCGACGGAUGUGACCGGGGACCCAGAAUUCGCAGUAGUGGCAGGGGAUGUCCUUACCCUGCGAGGCACAGGACUCGCUGCUGCAGAAACGUGGGCUCUCCUCUGCCAGGCAGCCCAGGCCCUCCAAGAUCUUUUCCUAUCAAAUGGAGGCGUGGUGGGUGGUUCGAGAGCAGGACCAGUGGUGACUCCGCAUACGCUGGAACUGACACCACGUGGUAGGGUUUUGCUGCGGCUCGCACCGCCGGAAACUGCUCGGGCGUACCUGCCGCCAGAGUAUCGACCCGGCCGCGUAUAUUCGGACACGGAUUCGGAAAAAAUGUGGAUGUAUUCAUUAGGCAGGGCAUUAUUAGAUACGACUCCGGUCGCAUUAACGGGAACCGCUUCCGUUUCGCCCCCUUCUGCUUUGCAAUCAGUGUUGGCCGCCAUGACGGAGCCUGAUCCUCGCAGACGUGCUUCCUUGAUGUAUUUGCUUGACGUAAUAUCCGAAUAUUGUCAGACGCGUCUACAAGCAAGGCCCUUCACGCACAUAGUAAUGGAGAUGUAUCGAGAGGUUGUGAAGUCGCCGCAACAUGCGCGGAAACGAGCAGUCCACUAUCAGCUGAAUGCCCUGUGCCCUACACGGAACAUGGUCGAACAACUGAAUCAGCAAAAGACACUCUACAGUCUUCCGCAACGACAGCAACAGGAUUACAUCCAAGCUAUGAAUGGUCAACCGCUAUCUUUUCAACAUCAGCCUCGUAUGGGGCAAUAUUUGUCAAAUCAAUUAACUGUUCAACAACGGCAGCAGCAACAACAACAACAUAAUCAUGUUCAACGUCCGAUCAAUCAAUUUCGCUCGCUUCAACAGCAACAGGAUCACGCACAGCAGUUACUGAAAGACCAGCAGGAUCAUGGUAGUCAUCAUUACAAUCACCAGCACGCAAAAGGGACACAUUUCAGGACACAAUCGCGCAAUUCCCAGUCGCAUCCUAAUCUAACGAGUUUGUGCGACUCGCAGCAGCAGCAGCAGCAGCAGCAACAGCAACAGCAACAGCAGCAACAACAUCGGGAGACCGCUCUCAGUGCCUACAGGGCGCACUUUCAAUCGCAGCUGGAUAUCCAAAGCGGUAGCCGAUCGAUAGGCCCAGCGACGACACGUCGGAUCCACCAUCACUCGAGGACGUAUUCGCAGCCGGUUUACACGCGGCUUCAACACACCAGGAGUAGCGGCAAUCUGCCGACGGCGACGAGCGCGAUGGCCGACGGUAAUCCCGAUGGGAAUGUUUACAACGAUCCGAUAUAUGCCCUGCCGGUUAAGCCCUUUCUGAGCUCCCAGGAUGUGCGAGUCAACGGACUGUCGGCGAAAACCCACGCGAUCUGUCACGGCGACGAGGUUUACGGUGGAUCGGCAUCGAUAAACAGGCACCCUUCGAAUACCGGUCGCUCUCAGCCCGACGUAACUACGCAGCCAAAUGAACGUCUUCGCGAAGAUGUAUACGGACGAACUCCUUCGGAAAGGGUGCUUCUGCAAAGGCAACACUCGAAUCCGCAGCUGCCGAGCAGAACGCAAGCUGACGAAGAUUUCAAGCGAUUGUCGCAACCGAGCGUCGCGACGGCCGAGCCUCGAUGCGUCGGCGUUGCUCGAAAAGAAGAACAGACGAUACGGCAACAAAAUUCAACAACUUCCGUAAAACUAAGGGGGAUCCAGGGACCCCCGAAGCCACCUCGAAUUAUCACCACCUUAAGGAAAACCGCUCUCUCCGAUUCGGAAUGUAACAGCCACACGGAGCCGCCGGCAAAGCCUCCCAGAACAAUGGUGAGGAACGGGCCCAGAGCUCGGCGGGGAAAAGCAGUUCAGAGAGCACCGUCGCGCUUGUAUAGAGCUGUAGGUGGACCCGCUAGAUGUUUCAAUAAAGCGCAAUGUGUUGGGCCUGAAUUUGUGGUUCGCGCCAAUCAGCCCCCGAAGACAUUAUGCGUGGGACAAGUCAAGGCGAGCAACUCUGGUCGGAUAGUCGUAAUAAUGCUAACAGGACAACGCGUGGAGGUAACCUGUGAUCCUCAAAAGGUCACCGCCGGGGAUUUAUUCCAGGCUAUUGUUCAAGCGGAAAGUCUCGAUGAAAACUUCACUCUAGGAUUGGCCGUGCUAUUGGCCGGGGAUUUCGCGAUGUUACCACCCGACACGAAAUUGAAUAAAGUCGCACCACCAGGGUGGUUAAGCAGCGGUAAAAGCAAAGGUUUGCUGGGUCUACCGACUAGUUUUAUGCUGUAUCUGCGACUCCGAUUCUUCCUGCCAUCUCUUCGUGGCACCAGAAGUUGGAUAUCAAAGCAUCUGCUAUAUCUGCAAAUAAGGCGUUGUAUACUGGAGCAGCAGCUGGUCUGCCCAUAUGCCGAAUUAAUCAAUUUGACGGGUCUCGCACUUCAAGCUGAAUUCGGGAACUACAACGUCAACGAGCACGGCUGUGGAGAUUACUUCCUCCUCGAGCACUACGUGCCGGAGUCCUUGAUAUUGAACGCGGACCGGCAUCAAUCGCAACCCUGCGUCGACGCCGAUACACUUCGGGCGCAGCUACACCGCGCUCACCGCGACCGCCGUGGCUUGGACUCGAACAAAGCCGAGGAGAUGUUCAUAACUCACGCGCAGUCCCUGCCGGAUUACGGCUCGCACUACUACAUCGCCACGGUAGACUCCAAGGAGCUGGAGAAACUGAUGGUGCGGCAGAGAAAGGGAAAGAGCGCCGUGUCGGACAACCGCGACGGUGCGGGAAACGCUCGUCGCCAGGAAAAACCCACCCGGGAGACCUGUCCCGCUUAUGGCAAGAUCGGGAUCCCGCGACUGGGCUCUCGUGAAAAUGUGCCGAUGAUACCCUACUCGGACGAGCACGCGAAGAACGCGGGCUUGCGCCGCGACGAAACGUGCAAUAACAGUAACAACAAAAACAACAACAACAACAGUAUUAAUAACGUUAACGGUAAUAACAGUAAGAACAGUAAGGGCAACAAGAGAAAAACGGAGAGCAACGUGUGGCUGGCGAUUCAUUCUCAAGGCUUGAAGCUGCUGGAGCGAGGGGGCGAGCCGAGGGAGAGAACGGAACUGGCCCACUUUCAGUGGCGGGAUGUGCAGACAGUGAGUUACAGCAAGAGUUGUUUGGUGGUGUACAGCAAGCUGAAUGGGAAACGAUGCAAGUUCAAACUGCGGAUGGAUCAUCGAAAAAGUUACUUCGCCUUCAAGCUCACCUCCCUGCAUCAUCAGUUCUUCGUCAGACUUCGCUCGGAGCUCACGUCGCUCCAGGGCCUCGCUAAAGAUUUUGGAGUGCCUCUGACAGAAGCGAAACCUACACAAUUAAAGUCCAAGAUCGUCGAUGGUAAAACUAAGAUAACGAUCGCGAGCGUGGUUAAAGCGCAGCAGAGAAUAAAUUAUCCGAUGCAGCUGGAAGAAUACCAAAAUAAGGAGAACGAAAAUCCUCAGAAAGACACAAUUGUAGUAACUUCAACGAAGGACGCUGGUCGCGAACCCGGCUUCUACUCGUCCGAAGAAGAUGUUCUUUACGCACAAGUAAACGUGCGAUUAGAACCAGAGGGUCAAUCACGCGACACAGAGGAGGAAUCGGAAAGAGGCUUAACGGCACCGCACAAAAUCUUGGAAUCCAAAGAAACGAAAUCGGAGAACGACAAACUUUAUGGCUGUCCCGGUCUAGAAAGUGAGAUUGAAACCGACUGCACAUAUUCCUUCCCAAAAGUUAUAUCGAACAACCAGUUAGAUAAACCUAACAACCCCGAAGAACUGUACGCCGCUAUUAAUAAAGUUCGUCUGUCGGGAAAGAGCGAAUUUCCUGUUCCGGACGAAGUUUGGAAUGUGUCAGAUGUCAAGAAGACUUUGCAAAAGAUGAAAGCGGCCAGUCUACCGAAUUACGGUGCGCCGAGGCAGUCGGGUGGUUUUCGUACGCCUAGCCUCCCGCGCCGGGGUGUGAAAAUGGGAACGCGAGCGAUUUACAGCAGCUUGGCCCAGAAAGAUACCGCGCUUACCGACGACACGGAAUCACUAUCUCUAAAGUCCGAUACCGAGUCGUCCGUUCAAUCGCUAUCGGCACGAUCUGCCGAAUCGCCCAUGCCAGAGGCGUAUGUGCUGAAUGCAGAUAUACGAACCAAUGACGAAACAUUCCGGAUCCCGGAGGACGAAUCGAUAUCCGUAUCCUUGAUGGCUCGUUUGGAAGAGCUGUCGUUCGCCGAGGAGCGAAUUUUGCACACGAUCAAGUUGGAACGCGGUCACGGUGGUAGCAUAGGUUUGCAAGUGAUGGAGGGUAACGACGGUGGCGUUUAUGUUCAGGCAGUCUCCGUCGGCGGAUCAGCCGAUAUGGCCGGAAACGUAAAUAAAGGUGACCGGAUCGUAGCAAUAAACGGACAGAAUCUGCUGAACCUUCGUUACGAGGAAGCUCUGAAGAUGUUGCAGAGCUCGUCUGAAACGAUCGAGUUGGUUCUCUCGCAGCCCGCUAUUCGUAAAAGCAUGGAAUCGAGAAAUGACCAGGUCCAGGGUUCUGUAGAAAACAAUUACUUACAUGACAUCAAAUUCGACGUGUCGUCGGAGGCGGAAACAUCUAGCAUGAUGAACAAGUGGAUCGUUCAAAAAACCAUGGACGUAGCGUCGGUGCAGAACACUUCGAGCGCAUACAGCAGCGCAGCAUCCAGCGCUAUGGGCAAUCAUAAUAACGCCAACAGCCUAUACAUGACUGAUCUCGUUGACAAUAACGCGUUAAAGUCUGCCAGCAUGCUGCUGUCUAUAGAAGAUUUCGACGUCAGUAGAACAAGUCGCCAAGUUUUCAUUUAGAUAACGGGAAUGCGACCGAACCACCUGUGCCACCGCGGCGAACGAAACGCAAGAUCAAAAUUGCACCGAUCCAGCCG